CUGUUUGCUGCUCUACUCUCUAACAACAGAAAUUCUUAGAUGUCUCUCUCCUUUGCAAGAUAAACUUGGUUUUUUAAAAAAAAUUGAUACUCACAUAAGGCUUCUAACAAUAAAUGUACUUUUUUGUAUUUCUAGUCAUUUCCUUUCAUGACUCCAGCAUCGACGACAACCACAAAUUUGACUCCAUUUGGUGUUGGUAAUAAUACGACAACAACACCAUUGUUUGAAAAUACUACACUACAAACAACGCCUACGUUUGGGUUCGGUUCAUCUACAGCACCUCUGUCAACGUUCGGUGCAAUACCAACAACAUCGACGCCGUCAUUCAAUGUUGGUACGACAAGUUUGUUUAGUAAUAAUACAUCAACAGCACCGUCAACAGCUGCAUUUACCUUUUCAACAUCCAAAGCUCCAUCGAAUACAUUUACAUUUAAUAGUGGAUCAUCGUCAACUCAACCAACGUCAAGUCUAUUUGGACAACCAACAGCAUCUAACAUUUUUUCUCAGCAACAAUCAACUGUACCAUCGAUAUUUUCCACAACUUCAGCGCCAUCCACUAAUUUAUUAUUUUCGUCACAACCACAACAACAGAUUACUGCAUCACCGUAUAUGAUGCAACAACAAACACCAUCACAGACCCGAACACAAAUUCAGUUAUUUCAUACAAUGCUUAAUGUACAACCAUUCAAUAACGAACUUAAUUUUCUUGCAAAAACGAUCAAACCGAGCAGCAAUUUCGAGCGUAAUCGGAUUCGUACGGCACCUGAACAACAACAAUCUCAGCAACAUUCAUCUUUAUUCUCAUUAUUGCUCAAACCAAAUUCAACAGUUACUCCUCAUAAUAGUACUAAUAGUAACAAUACCACGUUUAAUGGGCUAUCAGCGACUCCUCUUAAUAGUAAUUCUAAUUUGACAUUUACAAUCAGUCAAAAACGUAAAUUAGGUGAUACAUUUUUGGAUGAAAUGGACGAUGAUAUUACACUCAAAGCCAAUAAUUUAUUAACAACACCUAAACGUUCUCGUAUGUUGGAUAUGGAUAGGAUUCGGACAGCUGUACUUGGUGACGGUAAUAUGAGUCAAGAACAACGAUCUGUACCAGCAACAAACGGAUAUCAUUCGAAUAUCGAGCAUACAAUGAGAACCAAUAAUAAUAAAAGUAAUGGAUUUGAUUUUAGUAAUUCAUUCAAUACGACACAUUCAUCACCUCUGCCAUUAUCGAUGGGAUGGAAAAAAUUUGACACAUACGAUGAUUAUAUGGCCUCAAAGCAAGAGCAACUACCACACACAAAUGGCCAUCAUCAUCAUUCUCCGCAGAGGCUGAAUGAAGAAGAAAUCAUUACAAAUGGAGAUGGUGAUCAUCAUAACGGUACUAUGAAAAAUGGAGAAGAUGAUAGAGAAGGAAGAAGACAACAGCUUACUAUUAUUUCUACGAGACCAGAUUAUACAUACGAAUCACUAACUAAUGAAUAUGCGUAUGACAACAAACAUGAACAUUACCGUAUUAAAAAUUUAAAAAUAACAAGACAAAAUUAUGGUUCGAUUGAAUUUCCUGGUUGGACAGAUGUUACACAAUUGAAUCUAGAUGAAACAGUAAGCAUUGGUUGGAAAGAAAUUUGUGUCUAUCCCAAUGAAGAUAAUAAACCUGCAAUUGGAAUGGGUUUAAAUAAAGAAGCUAUUAUAAUGUUAUGUCGUGUUUAUCCAUCCUACGGUCAACGUUCUACUAACGAUACGGGGAAUCAAUUAAUAACAGAUCCCGAUAAACUAUUGUCAAUCGAUUAUCCAGCAGUCAUCAAAGAACAAACAAAGAAAAUGAAUGUUAAAUUUAUCGAUUAUGAUAUCUAUUCAGGAAUAUGGACAUUUCAAGUGCCACAUUUCUGA